ACCUGCAUCAUGUGGCUGAGGUUGGGAAUCAUUUGGUUGAGCUGACCCCACUUGAUAAUUUCCUGUGUUGAGGACAGGAGAAGUAUCCGUCUCCCCUGUUUCAUUUCUCUUUUUCUCGAGGUGGGUGUUUCAGCCCCGGGUCGUUCUCCAGGGUCCUUGCUCGAAUUUGGUGGAGGAGCUUGUUUGUAAUUGACUCGGAGCUUCAAGCUGCGGAAUUAUGCUUUCUUGACUUGUUUCAUAGGAGGCUGUUAGCAUCAGUUUGAGCUUCAAGUUUCUUUGCUUGAAUUGGUUGCGCUCGACUUUCUUGCUCGGUUGAUUGCUUCCUGGAAAUCUGUUGCAACAUUUGUGCUGGAAAAGGGUUGGUUCGGAUGAAUGGGGUUUGAUUCACCAUCUACUACCCCGUGAUGUUGGUUGGCUAGUUUAUUUGGUCGUAAUUCCUGCUUUAGAUUUCCUGGGGGAAGUUUUAAUUCUUGAUUCAGCUGGACCAUUAGAUUUCAUUUGAUGCUUGAUCCCAAGUGAUUCAACUGAUUCCAACCUUCUUCUUCGAGGGGAAGAUUUUGGUCCUUGGGUUUGUGAGUGCAUGUCUUUUUCGGGUGUCAACAUAGGUGAGAGUAGCUGCACAAGCAGUAGAAUUUGAAACGGUUACUUUGGAGGUGGCAUAAGUUGCUGGGUGAAGAGGGCAAAGUCCUUUGCAGAAAGUUUUAGAUGGCUUCAAGGGUCGAAAUGGACGAUGAAGCUGAAAACAAAGGCGGCAUGUGGGUUUUGGAUCAAAAGCUUGAUCAGCCUAUGGAUGAGGAGGCUGGUAGGCUCAGAAACAUGUACAGAGAAAAGAAAUUUUCGGCAUUGUUGCUUCUGCGGCUUGCAUUCCAAAGUCUUGGGGUGGUUUAUGGGGAUCUUGGCACAUCCCCUUUGUAUGUCUUUUAUAAUACAUUUCCAAAGGGGAUAGACGAUACAGAAGAUGUGGUUGGAGCUCUAUCGCUGAUCAUAUAUUCUCUUACUCUCAUUCCUCUCCUCAAGUAUGUUUUUGUGGUGUGCAGAGCGAAUGACAAUGGCCAAGGUGGAACAUUCGCUCUUUACUCAUUGCUCUGUCGACAUGCGAAUAUCAAAACAAUUCCAAACCAGCAUAGGACUGAUGAGGAGCUAACGACAUAUAGCCGCACCACAUUCCAUGAGAAAUCCUUUGCUGCAAAGACCAAGGGAUGGUUGGAAAGACAUGCAUCCAGGAAGAAUAUGCUUCUUAUGCUCGUCCUUGUGGGCACUUGCAUGGUGAUCGGCGAUGGGAUUUUCACCCCAGCUAUAUCAGUUCUUUCGGCUGCUGGUGGGAUCAAGGUAGAUCAUCCGGGCAUGAGCAAUGAUGUCGUGGUUCUCGUGGCUGUCAUAAUAUUAGUAGGUCUCUUUAGCAUGCAACAUUAUGGUACGGAUAAAGUUGGUUGGCUCUUCGCCCCGGUAGUUCUGCUUUGGUUCAUUUUAAUUGGUGCAAUUGGCAUAGUCAACAUCUUCAAAUACGAUAGCAGUGUGCUGAGAGCUUUUUCCCCUGUGUACAUAUACCGAUACUUUAAAAGGGGAGGAAGGGAUCGUUGGACCUCGCUUGGAGGCAUUAUGCUUUGCAUAACAGGAACCGAAGCCCUCUUUGCAGAUCUAGCCCAUUUUCCAGUGUCAGCUAUACAGAUUGCUUUUACGGUAGUAGUCUUUCCUUGCCUUCUUUUAGCGUACACAGGACAAGCUGCGUACUUGAUGAAGAACAAGGAGCAUGUUAGUGAUGCAUUUUAUCGUUCAAUUCCAGAUAGCAUCUAUUGGCCAGUAUUCAUCAUUGCAACGUUAGCGGCUAUAGUUGCAAGUCAGGCCACAAUAUCCGCCACUUUUUCGAUAAUCAAGCAGGCACUUGCACUAGGCUGUUUCCCCAGAGUCAAAGUAGUUCAUACGUCGAAGAAGUUCUUGGGUCAGAUAUAUAUUCCAGAUAUUAACUGGAUCUUGAUGAUUCUUUGCAUUGCCGUGACUGCUGGGUUUCAGAAUAAAAGCCAAAUUGGAAACGCCUACGGAACUGCUGUGGUAAUAGUCAUGCUUGCGACCACCUUGCUUAUGACUCUGAUCAUGCUUAUGGUAUGGCAUUGCCACUGGAGUCUGGUCCUGAUCUUCACAGGUUUGUCGCUGGUGGUGGAGUGCACGUACUUCUCCGCCGUGCUCUUCAAGGUCAAUCAAGGCGGAUGGGUCCCUCUAGUGAUUGCAGCAGCUUUUCUUGUCAUUAUGUAUGUUUGGCAUUACGGAACAGUGAAGCGAUACGAGUUCGAGAUGCACAGUAAGGUCUCCCUGGCAUGGAUCCUCGGGCUCGGGCCAAGCCUGGGACUGGUUCGAGUGCCUGGAAUUGGGCUCGUCUAUACCGAGCUCGCUAGUGGCGUCCCACACAUAUUUUCCCAUUUCAUCACCAACCUCCCUGCUAUCCAUUCCGUGGUGGUGUUUGUCUGUGUGAAAUAUCUUCCUGUGUACACAGUCCCUGAAGAAGAGAGGUUCCUCGUGAAAAGAAUUGGCCCGAAGAGUUUUCAUAUGUUCCGGUGUGUCGCGAGAUAUGGAUAUAAAGACCUCCACAAAAAGGAUGACGAUUUCGAGAAGAAGCUGUUUGAUAACCUCUUCUUGUUCGUUCGGCUCGAGUCGAUGAUGGAAGGGUGUUCAGACUCUGAUGAGUACAGUCUAUAUGGGCAGCAAACCGAGAGAUCAAGGGAAGGCCUCAUAAUGAAAAGCGGGGGCACCUCCAACUCGGUCGACACCACUAUUUCAUCGGUGGACUCGAUCGUGCCGGUCAAGUCCCCGGCGCAUGCCAACAACAUGACGGCGUCGUCGGGUCAGGCAAGCAGCCAAACGGACGAGCUGGAGUUUCUGAACAACUGUAGAGAUGCAGGCGUGGUGCACAUAAUGGGCAACACGGUGGUGAGGGCGAGGCGGGACUCGAGGUUCUACAAAAAGAUAGCCGUCGACUACAUAUACGCAUUUCUUAGGAAGAUAUGCAGGGAGAACAGUGUGAUCUUUCAUGUUCCCCACGAGAGCCUUUUGAAUGUUGGACAGAUAUUUUACGUGUAAUUUUCUUUCUGUUGUAUGGCCAAUAAGGGAAGAGAGCAAAUAUAUAUAUGCGCAAAGCUUUUCCUAGUCUCUUAUGAAGCAUUGGGACCAAAAGGGUUUGCUUGAACGCAAUGUACAGAUUGGCCGAAACUGGUGAUGAUAUUGAAAACCUUCAUGAACAUGCAUUGUUUCGUCUGCA